GUGGAGACAGGGAGUUGAUUGGCACGCGUUGAUUGGCUGCAUUGAACCUCUCUGCGCACAAACGCCCAGCCCCACUCGCCGUAAUCAGGCCAGCCAGCCAGUGACCUUCUCCUUUCCUCCUCCGCUCUUUUCGCCCCUUUUCGCUCCUUUCAUUCAUUCAUUCCUCCCAUUCAUUCAACCAAGUUUUCAUUCCAUGUUCUUCAAAAGCCUCAAGUGCACAGCUGUGAUCGCAGCAGUAGCGGUGCUGGCCCUUGCUGCCACAGUCAUGGCAGGACCUGGGGCCGGCAAACCCGGCUCGCCCGAUAACGACCAUAGUAAUUAUGGCGAUAUGGGCAAAGCCAAAGAGUUUGCGAAGGAGCAUAUGGGCGAGAAGGGUAAGAACCUGACGGAGAAGGAGGAGCUGAUGAUGUUGUUUUCGCUCCAUGACAGCAACAAGGAUGGGUUUCUGGACGGGAUUGAGCUCCGAGCGGCGUUUAGUGAUUAUCACCAGGGAGCACCAGAAUCAACCCUCAGUCUGCAGCAGAUGUUGGAUAUGAUCGAUCAUGUCAUUGCAGAGGACGAUACCGAUAACGAUGGCAAGAUCUCUUGGGAAGAAUACUUGAUCAGCCAAAAGUACCACGAGGGAUAGAGAGCCGCGAAGAGAUCCCUUCCCAGAGACCGUCCUGUAUAUCAAGGCAACUGUGCGGGAGAAAACCAGCAAUAAAGCGUAGUUAUUUUCAUUUGUGCAAAGCAAUUGCCGAAUUCUCAGUGUUAUCCUGCUUUUUU